AUGGGCCCCGCCACCAGCCGCGAGCAAAUCGGCGAGCAGAUUGGCGAUGACUACGGCCUGCAGAUACAUCCAAAUCCCACGAUCCUGGCGAAUAAUGUCACGGAGAGCGAAUACUCAGUAGAAGAACAAGCGAGAUUAACGGGUACUGAUGGACCAGGUGGCGAUGAAGCUUCACCUGAGGAUGAGGGAGGUUCGCUCUGCGAGUACCACGAUAUACCACCACCGCCGGAUGGCGGAUAUGGUUGGGUGGUGGUAUUCGCAUCGUUCAUGUGUAACAUGAUAGUGGACGGCAUUGCCUACACGUUCGGCGUCUUUCUGGGAGAAUUCGUCAAGUACUUUGGGGAAGGAAAGGGCAAGACUGCUUGGGUUGGCUCGUUGCUGUCUGGAAUGUACCUCAGCGCUGGCCCCAUUGUCAGUGCUUUAACGAAUAAAUAUGGCUGUAGAGCAGUAUGUAUGGCAGGAAGUUUCUUAGGCGCCGCCGCAUUUGUACUUUCGACGUUUUCGAGCAGUGUAAAUAUGCUUAUGAUGACUUAUGGUAUUAUGGGAGGAAUUGGAUUCGGUUUGAUAUAUCUACCCGCAGUAGUUUGUGUAGGCUAUUACUUUGAAACCAAGAGAUCCUUAGCUACUGGCAUCGCUGUGUGCGGAUCGGGAUUCGGUACGUUCGCGUUCGCGCCUCUUGCGACUAUGUUGCUGGAGGCGUACAGCUGGAAGGGAGCAAACCUAAUCCUGGCUGGCCUCAUCUUAAAUUGCGCAGUAUUCGGUGCCAUGAUGAGACCUCUGGAAUAUCCGAAAGCUUCCUCCGUUAAGCCGUUGCUGCAAAGAAUGGCCGAAGAGAAGAGAUUUCAAAUGGAACGUGGUAGUAUCGGUGGCUCCUACUUUAUGGUGCAGUUACCGGACGGAUCCAUGGAAAAGAGGAUGAAAAUGCCCAUUAAUAUUGAUCCCGGUGUUCAUUCCAGCUUCAAUUUAGACCAAUUAGUGCCUGGAACUCCUUUAACACCAGUUCCGACGGUGCCAACCCUUCCCACCAUAUCUGAAGUGAAGGUGCAAGAGCACUCAUCUAGUGGACAUACCAGUGAUAGCGGCAGUAUGGAUUUAAAAAAUAUUUCCAACAAGUCCAAGAGCAAGAAAAGUAUCGAUGAAACCAAAGACACGAAGGACGCGGAGAAGCCCGAGAACGAGUUUAAUAAGACGAUAAUCCCCAGAAACGCGUCGCAGCCGGCUUUCACGACCCACGUUCAAGGUUUGCCUAAAAACGGCUCCGUGCCAUUCUUUGACAGAAUCCGUAAAACGAGUACCAGCGAACGCUACAAGCCUAGCCUUAGUGCAAUAAAGAAUUCUAGGACAACGCUUAAUUCUAACGGAGAUAUCAGAAAGAGCUUGCAUCUGAGACUUUCUACUAGCAGUAUGUUGGGAUCGCGAAAUAAUAAUGCUGAGGUUGAUGAUGGUGAGAGUAUUACUUUUACUACCAGUAAAGCUAGUAUCCAAAAAGAGAAACCAAUGAUUGUCCGUCCCUUAUCGAGAAAGGAUAUUUUCUACAGUGGUAGCGUAGUCAAUUUACCAGAAUACCAAAGCCAGAAAUCCCUUGCCAAUUAUCGUCAGAGUGUUGUAUCUAUUCCCAAAUCUGUACGUGGUGAUUUGAAAGACAUCGAUAUCGAAAAAGCACAACAACAACCUUUAUGUCCUUGUUUGGUAUUGCCUGACUCGUUUAAGGAAGCUUUAGCGACGAUGAUGGAUUUGUCUUUAUUGAAAGAUCCUGUUUUCCUUCUAAUUGGUAUUAGCAAUGUGUUUGGUAUGGCUGGACUGUAUGUUCCUUUUGUAUAUCUGGUGGAUGCCGCGGUCUUAGAUGGAAUUGAAAGCAAUUCUGCAUCAUUCUUAUUAUCUAUUAUUGGAAUAACGAACACCAUAGGUCGUGUGGCUUGUGGAUAUGUCGCCGACUUUCCGCAAGUCGAUUCCUUAUUACUAAACAAUAUUUGCUUAAUUAUAUCUACCAUCGCAGUAGCCGCUACACCAUUUUGCCAUAGUUAUGCCGCUUACAUUAUCAUGAGCAUAUUUUUUGGGAUAGCAAUAUCUGGAUAUAUCUCAUUAACAUCGAUCAUCUUGGUGGAUCUCUUGGGAUUAGAUAAAUUAACGAAUGCUUUCGGCCUUUUAAUUCUAUUCAGAGGGGCUGCCGCUAUAGUUGGCUCACCCUUAGCGGGCGCUGUUUAUGAUGCAACGCAGAGUUACAGUAUCCCGUUCUUCAUGGCAGGAUUCUUCUUCCUUAUGAGCACUAUUACUAGUUUCAUGGCCCCUGCUAUGAAACGGUGUACUACACCGCAGACUCAACCUGUGAUAUUAGAUACUUUGACUCCAAUCGACGAAGAUAUUGAAGAAGAGAAUGAGGAGGAUAUACCGGAGAUAGUAGAAACUGCGCCGUCACCCUUAGAGCCACCCGAGAAAGAGAUCAAGCAAAUAGAGUCUGUUUUAUAAGUACUUCUGAUCUUUUUUAAAUGGAUUAUAAAAAUCGCCUUCACUCCGAGCCACACUGUGAUAGGGCUGCUACUUUUGAAGUCUUAAAAAAAGGUACUUCUUUGUUACACACUUAAUCGAUAAAGCACAAAUUAGUGGCAUACAUACCUGAUGGAAUUUUUUAUUGUACUUACAGUUGGACUUGUAUGUACUAUUGUAUGUUUGUCAUAUUAUUUUUGUUUUUUUAUCGGAGCGAAUAAAUGCGAUAUACGCGUGAAAAUGCCAUCAGGUAUAGAUAAUUACUGUUAGUUGCCUAUAUGUAAUAGUGAAUAAUAGAUAGAAUGUUUUAUUAACUUAAUCAGUAUCGAUCAAGCAGUAUAUAUAUAUACACAUAUAUAUAUAGAAACAGAGAGAAAGAAAGAAAAAAAUAUUAAACUAAAAAAAUGCUCUUGCACGUGCAUAUCGAGUAAUCUUGUAUAAAUUAUUAUAUAAUCUGCAUUAUAGAAAUACGAUACUGUAUAAUUCGAUAAUUAUAUGGUAUGCAAGCAUACAAGGAUUGGUCAAGGUAUCGCUGAUUGGAUGCUCGUUUUAAUCAUGACGCUUAAGAAUGUAUAGAUGAAUUUAUCUGUGCACUCUAUUAACUGUAACAUAUUUUGCGAAAAUAACUCGUGUACGAAACAACGACGAUGUUUUUUUCUGAUCAACAUACGAUUGACCAUCCUUGAUUGAAAAAAAUCCCACCAAUGACCUAUCAUGUUAGUUAAAUCUAUUUUUGGCCACAUCCAAAGAUACUACUCGAAUUAUAUUCAUGAUUCAGAGAGAUAUUUUCUUGCAUACUUGCGACAAAUGUAUAUGUAUAUAUAUAAAUAUAUAAAUAUAUACACACAUAUACAUAUAAGCGAAGGAAAGAAUGUGAACUAUCAUUAAUAUUUACAUGCAACAAAUAUAUCGCUGUUGCACAGCAUAAACUGUAAAUAAUUUAUAGAGAGUUACAAAUAUGUAUACAUAUAUAUAUAUGCAUAUGUAUGUAACAAACUCUAGAAAUUAAACUAACGAACGAUAGAAUUAAACUAAAACUAAAGCUCAUAAUUACAAAGUUAUGAGUUCUCUACACGCUGCAGUCUCGCUGAGAAUUCGCGCAAUUAAUGUAUUCAUCAAGGAAUAAUUAAUGCAUCAUUAGAUAGACUAAUUAAUAUAUUGAUUAUCUGAAACAGAGAAUCCUUAUUGAUGUGUAAAGAAACGCGUCUCGUCUGCUACAGCUAGUUUGUAUAAGUGGAUUCAAGCGUUUAGUUUGAUGGAACUGACUGUGCAGGAUAGUACUUAGAAAACACGUUAAGUAAUGCAAAAGUAAUUUCGGGCCGUCGUGUCUCGCGCGAUGUGUUGUCAAAGCGCAAGCGAUUUGCGAGCGUUUCUCGUAUGUAUGUGUGUGUGUGUGUGUGUGUGUGUGUGUGUGAAAGUUACAUAUGUAUGUAACUAAUUUCAUUAUGGCGGUGACGAUCAUUAUUGGAUCGAUGUAAUUAAUGUUUGAGAGAGAAUAUAUGCCUACAGACGUGCACGCAAUAAAUGUAUAUGCGUAUGUGUGCAUUAUUACACAUGUAAAAAAAUAUCUAUAUGUACACAUUGUACACAUAUAGACCGAGAAGCUCGUUGUAAAUCGUGUUGAGUGGCAAAUGCACGCGUAACAUCGUGUGCAUUGUGUAUAUAGGACAUCGUAACGAUUAUAAUUAAUUAUAAAUCGCGCGCGGUCGUUGGUAAAGAAAAAUUGAAAAAAGAUUAAAGAGAAGAACAAGAAUAAUUGUUGCUAUAUCGAUAAUGAAAACCAACAGUGCUAUUACACUAUUCGCCACCGCUGCUCUGCUAUUACUAAUUACCUAUCACGAUUACAAUAUUAUCGUAGUACAAUUUACGUGAUCGCACGUUACUUACGUUUCGUUUUAUAAUCGUGCGGAGAAGAAGAAGAA